AGUAUAUAUUGUUACCAGAACAUGUAUACAGAUCGAAAAUCAAUAUCCAAUUAGCUGUAGGGCAUAUAUCACGAACCCAAGAUGGUGAAACUCUCCUGUGAAAUGCAAUUAAAGCUGCUGGGCGUGGACUAUUUAGAUUUAUAUCUGAUGCAUUCGCCCGUGGGUGUGGACUAUGUCUCAGAUGAUGAUCUGAUGCCCCACGAGAAUGACCAGCUAAGAACCAACGAUGUGGACUAUGUGGACACCUACAAAAGCAUGGAGCAAUUGGUACAUCUGGGACUUGUGCGCAGUUUGGGAUUGUCCAACUUGAAUGCCAGGCAGCUGAAGAGAGUACUAGAACACUGCCAAAUCAAGCCUGUGAGCCUUCAAAUCGAAUGCCAUCUGGAAUUGGUGCAAAUCCCCUUAAUUGAGCUCUGUAAAUUCCACAACAUCACGGUAGUCGCCUAUUCGCCACUGGGGCGGCCCAAAGCCUGUAAUCCGCAGCCGGAAUACUAUACUGAUUCCAAACUACUAGCCUUGGCUAAAUCAUCCUACGAUACUUGAUCGCCAUUGGCACAGUACCUAUUCCAAAAGCUGCCCAGCGAGCCCAUCUCGUCGAGAAUCUGGAUAUAUUUGAUUUCCACCUAACGCCGGAGGAGUUGCUUCAGUUGAAGAGCUUCAAUACAGGGCGGAGAAUCUGGAAAUUUAAAAAAGCCAAGAAUCAUCAGUACUAUCCUUAUUAACAAUCAAUUAUAUAAAUUUUGACAAAUUAAAUA